GCUUGGGCUUGGGUUUCAAAUAACGCCACGUUCGCCUUACCUUCUCUUCAACCCCCACCUAAACCAAAUUCUCUAAUAGAAUAUACAAAAAAAGAGAAAAGAAUCUCCUAAACUACGAACCCCAAAUUUUAAUUUUCAAAAAUCCAAAAUUCUAGGGUCUCUAUUCCCCAGCCUUCCCUAGGUUUUUCAGAGAACUUGUGUCGUGCAUUCAUUCCAGUUUUUCUGUUUACUUCUACUUCAAUCAUGUCGAGUUUGGAGGAACCACUUGGUUUAGACAAGUUGCCAAGCAUGAGUACUAUUGAUAGCAUUCAGAGGUUCUCGUCUGGUGCUUGCCGGCCAAGAGUAGAUGAUAUGGGAAUGGGGAACUGCUGGAUUGAUGGAAGGACUUGCAGUUCAUCCAACAGUUGCAAUGAAGAUUAUGAAGAGUAUUCAUGGGAGGCAUUCCCAUGGAGAAGACAUACAAGAGACAUAUGCCAAGGUGAUUCCCUCAAGAGAAGGUCUUUGAGCUUAGGCCGAAGUACCUUGGCCUUUGGAAAUGGUUGUGAUUCACGGUACAUUCCAGACCGUCAAUACAGCUCUAAGUGCAAUGAACAAGACAUAUGGGAGGUGACAAAUAAGUUUUUAAGAGGUAUACCGAAAUUUGUAAAGAUAGUAGAAGUUGGUCCAAGAGAUGGGUUACAGAAUGAGAAGAAUAUUGUACCUACUGCUGUAAAGAUUGAAUUGAUUCAUAGAUUAGUAUCUUCUGGAUUGUCCGUUGUUGAGGCUACAAGUUUUGUGUCUCCUAAAUGGGUUCCUCAGCUGGCAGAUGCAAAGGACGUAAUGGAAGCAGUUUGUAAUUUGCAGGGUGCUAGAUUGCCUGUUCUGACACCUAACUUAAAAGGCUUUGAAGCAGCUGUUGCAGCUGGUACUAAGGAAGUUGCAGUUUUUGCAUCAGCUUCUGAGUCAUUUUCAAAGUCAAACAUCAAUUGUAGCAUUGAAGAGAGUCUCGCUCGUUAUCGUGCUGUUACUCAUGCUGCUAAAAAGCUCUCAAUUCCUGUGCGAGGGUAUGUGUCGUGCGUAGUUGGCUGUCCGGUGGAAGGAGCCAUUUCUCCUUCAAAAGUCGCAUACGUGGCAAAGGAACUGUAUGACAUGGGUUGCUUUGAAAUUUCCCUUGGUGACACAAUUGGAGUUGGUACACCAGGGACUGUUGUUCCAAUGCUGGAAACUGUAAUGGCUGUUGUUCCUGUUGAAAGGCUUGCCGUUCACUUCCAUGACACUUACGGACAAUCUCUUCCAAACAUUCUUGUUUCCCUCCAAAUGGGGAUUAGCACAGUGGAUUCAUCCGUUGCCGGUUUAGGUGGGUGUCCAUAUGCUAAAGGAGCUUCAGGGAACGUACCCACUGAGGAUGUUGUGUACAUGCUUAAUGGUCUUGGUGUAAAAACAAAUGUGGAUUUGGGGAAGCUCAUGUUGGCUGGGGAUUUCAUCAGCAAGCAUUUGGGUCGCCCGUCUGGUUCAAAGACUGCGGUCGCAUUGGGCCGAGUGACAGCUGAUGCCUCUAAGAUAUAAGAAAUUGCUGGUAGAUAAAUUUAGAUAUAAUAUAUUUCAAGCAAGGCAAAAAGGAGAUCUCAGUCUUGCAGGGCAUUACUUCAUGUAUACUACCCCAUAUUAGGAAUAAACGAAACCCAAAUCCAUGGAUCCAGUAAUUAUUAUUUUGGAAACAAAGAAUCUUUAUUUUCCAAGAUCUGCUAAUCUCAAGCAGAAAUUACAAACUGUAAUGAAUAGAAAGUUAUAUCUAUAAUCUAUACUCUUUUCCCCUCC